GUCGGCGCCAUUCCGCUCCUGUCGGGUAUGUUGGAAAGCGACCAGGAGCCUGCUGGAUUCUGGACCGCGGCCAUGAACAACGUAUGGAGAGACAACGUGGCGGUGACGGGAUCAGACGGUUGGUAUUUCCAGCUGCCGGGCACACCCAUCUCACACAACAUGGACAUCUACAAGAACACAAUCUGCCCCGUCGGCGACCGCAUCGGUGAGUGGUCCCGUAAUCGCUGCCAUCAUCUUCCAGGCAGCUGCAUCCGGGUCUACUUGAAAUGGUUUCCGCGAAAGGAGCCGUGCAACGCCGAGUCCGAUGAGAACCCUCAGAUCCUCUUCAACACCACGUGUUGGGAGGUUGGGAAGGCCUGCUACAAUGCCAUGAAGAUGGGCUCCGUCCACAACCACCACAUGACGUCCGUCGAGGCGAAAUCGCAAGACAUUUUCAUCGUCAAGUUCAAGAAAGCAGCGGGCGUGCCGCACGGUGGCAAGUGGGAGACGGACUACCUGAACAUCCCGCACAUCAAGGACUCCGUGUUCUGUGCUGUUCUGCCGCAGAAUCUCCACAAGAAGUCCUCGCGUCAGUCCCAGUCCGUCCUGCUGCCGCAGAAUGAGCAGUUCCUGACUGCGGAUUCCAUGUGG